UGUCGUGUUGUUUGAUUGUGUUAUUUUUUUUAGUUUUUAGUUAAUUUAUUAAUUAAUUAACUUACUAUAAACAUGUCUGGACGCGGCAAGGGUGGUAAAGUUAAGGGAAAGGCAAAAUCCCGUUCUAACCGUGCCGGACUCCAGUUCCCCGUCGGUCGUAUCCACAGGCUUCUGCGCAAGGGCAACUACGCCGAGCGCGUCGGUGCCGGUGCCCCCGUGUACCUCGCGGCCGUCAUGGAGUACCUGGCGGCUGAGGUUCUCGAGUUGGCCGGAAACGCCGCUCGCGACAACAAGAAGACCAGGAUCAUCCCGAGACAUCUCCAGCUGGCGAUACGCAACGACGAAGAGUUGAACAAGCUCCUCUCCGGCGUGACCAUCGCCCAGGGCGGUGUGCUGCCUAACAUUCAGGCCGUGCUCCUGCCCAAGAAGACCGAGAAGAAGGCUUAGGCUGCCUCCUUACCUUCUUACAUACCUAUCUGGCGGUAACGCCCGGAGUUCGGUUAAUGUGUGUUGCAUUCGUUUGUCUUUCGGAUUAACGUCUGCGGCAUUACAUACCGCGCGGGUGACCGGUUGCCAAAGGCCCUUUUCAGGGCCACAAUAUGAUUCUGUGCUAAAGUUUUAGUUUCACGGCAUGACACA